GCUCUUCAAUGACUGAAUAUUCUGAAUAAACAAAUUGACCUUAAAGAACAACACAAUUUAAUACUGUUGUACUUAGUUUACAUUUGGUGGACCCUGCCACCGUUCCAGCAACAUAAAUAUGUCUGAAUUUGCCUUAUUAAUAUCACUAAUUGUAUAAAAUAUUAAACUGUAUGAGUCUGAAUUUCAUCUCCAAAACUCCACAGUGCCCCUUUGAUGUUACGCACUAAUACAACAGUGUGAAUUCCUCCCAUGUGGAUAAAGUAAUCGGCAGCGGACCUGAUUUUGAGUUUGGAGUGACGCACCUUCUCAUCACAUACGAUCUUGGACCGCAGUGAGACGAGGGGACGUCGCUUUGACGAUCUCAGCCGAUCUCUGCCGACUGUUCCCGAAGUGUGCCGCCGGUGGAGCAGCUCUCUCCCCUAUAAACAGGCUUCUCCCGAUGCAGUUUUCCACCCGCUCUUUGUCCGCGGCCGAGCGACCGACGACGCGUUUCCCUUUAAGAGGAUGUCGGACACACACAUGCCUUAUUUAAUUAUUUUGUGUAAUGUCGGCAGGCAGAAACUUGGGACUCGACGGUAGCGCUGAAAGGCAGCGACGGUAGGAGAGGAGCGUAGCAUCCCCGGCGGGCAUCACCUCAUCUCAGAGUGGCGGAGGGUUAGCCGAGCCUCCGGACCGACGCCAGCCCGGCGUCCUUGCUCGUGUCCUGGGCAGCGGUGGCGUUUUCUGAGAGGGCACGACACUCGCUCGCUUCUUCUUCUUCUCGGGGACUGACAUGUCUUUUCACAUGACAGACAAAGCAGGCUGGCUUCGAGGCGCGGAGGAGACGCGGUGAAAGUACUCUGUGCUCCCCUGUCACCCCGCGAUGUUUCGGAUGUUUGACAGCGCGCAGUAGGAUCUGGCCUCACACUGAGCGUCAUUUUGAAGGGAGCUCUCCCACAUCUCGUCCCCCCACCCGGGGACCAAACAUCACGACAACUUUUCCCCCGCUCUGCCUCUAACUCUUCCUAAUAAUGACAUCCCCGGACUCUCCCCCGCUGGUCUCCCCUUCCCCGUGUCCUGCUCCCCCUCCGUCCCUUCCCUCCUCCCCGGUGCCCUCGUCCCCAGCCCCUUCCUCCUCCUCCCUCCCUGCUCCGCCCUCGCUGCCUCCCACGGGGGAGGUGAUGGUGCUGGCUCUGGGCAGGAAGAAGCAGAGGGUGCUGAUCGCUCUCUCCAUCCUGCCCAACCUCUUCCUGGCCUUCCUGCUCUCCUCCGACCCCCUUAUCACCCUCUCCCCGCCGCACCACUGCCACCUGCCGGGACCCUUGCCGUCGCCCGAGGUGCUGAACGCCUCCUUGCCUUGGGACAAGGGAGAGCGGCCCGGGGACAGAGGAGGCCUGUCCCAGUGUAGGCAGUACAGCAAUGGCAGCCAGUCGGCUGUGGUGGACUGCGAGGACGGCUGGGACUACAACGUAACUGAAGGGCUGAGGAACAACAUUGUCACAGAGUGGGAUCUGGUGUGUGGUCAGUACUGGCUGGUCCCAGUGGAGGAGGUGUGUUUCAUCCUGGGCGUCCUGACUGGCUGUCUCGGUCUUGGCUAUGCCGCCGACAGGCUGGGCCGGUCCAAGACCCUUCUCACCUCCCUGACCUUGUCGGUGGUGUUUGGGGUGCUAGUGUGUGUCUCUCCGUACCCCUCGAUCUUCAUCGUCAUGCGAUUCUGUUUGGCAGCAGCUAGUGCGGGAGUCUACCUCACUCUGUACAUCACUCGUCUGGAGCUGUGUGAACCGUCUCUGAGGCUGGUGGCCACCAUGCUGGCCGGGCUGAUGACUGUAGCCGGAGAGCUGCUACUGCUAGCCGUCGCCCUGGGGUGCCAGUCCUGGAGGGGCCUGCUUGGAGCCGGUGCCGCCCCGCUAACACUGUUCCUCAGUUAUGGGAUUCCUGGAGUGUUUCCAGAGUCUCCUCGAUGGCUCCUUCUGUCAGAGAGAUCUGCAGACAUGAACUCUUUCAGUGAGAGGAGAAACUCCAACAGAGAUGUGAGGGAUGACGAGAGCUUCACAGAGCUAGAUUCAGAGCCGGCCCCCUCCUCACGCCCCCGCCUCUCCUUCCCGGAGCUCUUCCACAGCAGGAACAUCUGGAAGAACAUGUGUGUGCUCGGCUUCACCUCAUUCAUCUCUCAUGGCAUUAGUCACUGUUACAGCUCUUUCCGAGGUGACGUCAGGGGCACUGCCCCCAGCUUCUACUGGACGUACCUGCUGUCUGUGUGUGCAGGGGGCGGUGCCUGGCUGUUGCUCUGGGCGACUGUAGACAGGUGCGGCCGGCGUGGCAUCCUGCUCCUCGCCAUGACGAUGACGGGGCUGGCCUCUUUGAUCCUUCUGGGACUCAUGGAGUAUCUGAGUGAGACGGCCAUCACAGUGUUCUCAGUGCUGGGUCUCUUCUCCUCCCAGGCUACAGCCUCCCUCUGCAUCCUCUUCACAGCAGAGAUAAUGCCCACCAUCAUCAGGGGCACUGGUGUAGGAGCAGUGCUCGCGCUGGGCUGCGUGGGCCGCCUCAGCUCUCCGCUCAUGGACCUGAGGAACCACUACGGUUACUUCCUGCACCACGUGGUCUACUCCUCUCUGGCCCUGCUGGCCGUGCUGUCCAUCCUGCUGCUGCCUGAGAGCAAGAGGAAGCCGCUGCCCCAGACGCUGGCCGAUGGGGAGCAGUACCGACGCCCCCCGCUGGGCAGGAGGAGGAGGGACAAUGUGCCGCUGUUGGCCACUCCCAACCCAGAGACCUAAGGGACUCCUGAAAGAGUGGACUGUGCUCAAAUCACUCACUUUGCAUUCAGAACAUUUACAUCUGUCAUGUCCAUGCAGGGGAGGACAAUGAGCGAUAUAGAGACCUGAAGGUGAUGGUGAUCAGACUCUAAGCUUCCUAACAUAUCAUCCUCUAGUCAUUCCAAACGCAGGCGGUUGGGUUGAGUUGCCAUGUUUCUGCAUUCUGUAUCUCCUGCCAUUCACAUGUGUGUCAGUCUGACACACAAUGUCCACGCACACACGUGUAGGGAAGUCUUCAUCUUUCAUCUUUUCCUAACCAGACGGCGGACGGAUGGUCCUCCCACCAUGUGACACACCAGCAUACACUGCUGCACGCAGUCCUCCCGUGUGUCUGUUGUAGAAGUGUUAGCUGCUUUCUACUGACACUCCAGACCAGACGUGGGGUCGGAGAGUAGUCGCAAGUGAUUCUUAGCAUUUGUCUUAACCCACGUAGAGCGUUUUUUUUUUUUGUUGUGUUCGCUGUGUUAGACAACACGGUAAGUGCUUGCAGGUGUGCAAAAGCAAAGUCAGUCUUUUACACUUUCCUGUUACACUUGUGAUAAAACAGCUGGCGGACGAACAUUGUAAGACUCGAUGGAGUUAUGGUUGUUAAAAUGCCUUGUAAAUACUCUAGACUUAGUUUCUUUAACUUCUUGGGGCAUCUGAGUUUUGUUAAAGCAGACCCUGUGGCUGGAAACCGUACAGUACAGUACGCUAUGCAGUGGAGAGACGAUGCAGAGCACUUUCUUUUUAAAGAUGAUGGAUAUUAAUUUGACCGAAUUUUACAAAUUUAAGGGGCAGUUUUAUGAACACAAAUCAACUGUUUAUCAUAAUGGGAUCAGAGGCUCAAAACAAAACAAACAGAAAGAAGUUUAUGUUCAAACUGUGUGAAUCCAGUUACUCAAUCUGGCCUGGAGCCAGUGAUAUUUAUGUCUUAUUUAUGUUAUUAAGCAUAAUCAAUAAAUUAUCCAGAGGCCUAGUGUUUUAUAAAUAUUAAGCUAAAUAUAAUUUAAUUGGGAUGGCAUGGGAUAAACUUUCCAUUUUCUGAUGUCUCUGAUCAAACAACAGUGAAGCUGUUAAACUGUCACAACAUUCCUGCAUGUUUGGAAGCACUGAAGGGCUUGUUUUUUUUUCUGUAUUUCCUCAGAAGCUUAUAGUUACUCAAUACCUCUCUAGAUGACCAGAGAAUAGACGGGUACGAACAAACAACCGUAGAGGUCGUAUAACCAGGCACAUAUAUUUUUUUGUCAGGUCUUAAACGUGGAGGUUUUUGAACAAGGUCAUCUGUACUUGAAUGUGUCUUGAUGCUGGAAAAAGGGCCCGAUGACGAUGCUCCGCGAGGUCUGAAUGGGAGCUGAAGAGGGCCCAAGAGCUCCAAAUUAACCCCCGGCUCUUCAAGCACGCAAAAUGGAUGCAAUUUUCUUCAGAGCUUCCUCAUUAAUUUGAGGCUGAAGUUGUCAAAAUCUGAGAAUUUUAAACUUCGAUACAGUGCAAGCAUAAAAAAAAAAACUAUACUUGACACCUGUUUUGAUACCACGGCAAAAAAAGAAAAUCCUGAAAAGAAAAAACAGGACAAUUAUUUUCCUUUUUUACUUUCAACCUGUGAUGGGGUAAGAAAAAGUCACUGAAGACAUACCAACACAUUUGUAACUGUGGCUCUGUUUUUUUAAUGAAUGAAUUUAUUUUUUCUUAAUAGUUCAGGUACUUUCGAUACUUUCGGAAGUAUAGUAAACAGAGAUGUAUCGUUUUAAACACAUGGUAUCAAAAGAAGUAUCGUUCCUUUCGACAACCUUAGAGCUGAUGCCACUUUGAAUUUGGCACAAGUUUAAACUAUAACAGAGAAUUACCAAAGCAUGUCAGUUUCAGUGCUUGAAAACAGUCUCGAUAUAUUAAUGGGCUCGGGUAAUUCUUAUCCUCAAGUGUUUGUGGGUGCCUGAUAUAAGGAGGACACAGGAGUUGUUUAAUUUGGAACCUGAUGUAGAUGAAAUUAUGAAGGACGCUCACCUUUGCUGAUGGCUUCUUCCUCCGUCAGCCUUUGGUAGUUUUUUUCCUCUGUAUGUUGCACUUAUACACUGAUGAUUAUUAUCACUAUGAUUAACUUGACUCGAGUAUUAUUAUAUCUGAAAACACUGAUGAGCUGUUCAAUGAUGAGUGUGAUGCAGUUAACUCUAUAGCCUAAUUUAAUGUAAAAUAAAACUGGUUAAAUAAACAUGA